CACACGGUUAGGACAGGAAGAAAGAUUAAGGCGAUCUAUAAAUGUAACCGCCAUACCGUCGUGAUUCUCAUUUCACUGGUCUGGUCACUUUGCGGUUGAAGCUGAGGAAGUACGUGCUGUUUUUAUUAUCAAUCAUCCUGAAGAAUGCCAGUACCAAGUUUGCAAGAGCCCGCACCGGUUUUUGAGGGAACCGCUGUUGUCGAUGGACAAUUUAAGGAAAUAAGCCUCAACGACUACAAAGGGCAAUAUGUAGUACUUUUUUUCUACCCUUUAGACUUCACCUUUGUGUGCCCCACUGAAAUUAUCGCCUUCUCCGACAAAGCUGAAGAAUUCAAAGCGAUUAAUACCGCCGUUAUUGCAGCAUCAACAGACAGCCACUUUUCUCACCUGGCAUGGAUUAACACCCCACGAAAGCAGGGUGGAUUAGGCGAGAUGAACAUACCCCUCUUAUCCGACAAAUCGCUGAGAAUUUCAAAAGCUUACGGAGUACUGGAUGAGAAAUCCGGCAUCCCAUUCAGAGGCUUGUUUAUCAUCGACGGUAAAGGAACUCUUCGGCAAAUCACCAUUAAUGAUUUGCCUGUGGGAAGAUCGGUGGACGAAACCUUGCGUCUCGUUCAGGCUUUCCAAUUCACAGAUGAGCACGGAGAAGUGUGCCCGGCUGGUUGGACUCCCGGCAAGAAGACGAUGAAACCAGACCCCAAUGCCAGCAAGGAUUAUUUUAAGGCAGUUCAUUGAAUGCAAACUACCUACCGUAUUAUUUUUGUGUUUAUUCUACCACUGUUAGUAUUAUAUUUAUAUAGGUAUUAGCAAAUCUCGAAUAAAGUGUGAUUUUUUUUCUUUCA